AUGACCGCCCGCUUGCCUCCCGAGCUCUUUGCACUCGUUCUUGAGCACGUCACGCGCAGUCUGAAGAACCCGCGCCCGUUCCUCGCCGCCUGCUCCCUCCUCGACCGCAACUACGGCCAGGAGGCCCAGCGCAUCCUCUUCAAGCGAUGCUCGCGAUUGCGCCAGCCAGAACGGGUCGAGGGAUGGCUCGCCUCGCCUUACAGUGUCGCGACGGAGGCCUUGGUCGUGUGGUUCCCUCCUCCCGACCAUCGCGCAACCGACGACGACUUGCUCUGCGCCAGCUUCGGGAUGGAUUCGCGUCUGGCGAGAGUGCUGGGUCGUUGCGCAGCUCUGCAGGGUCUGCAUGUCCACCUGACCAAGACGGUCUCGCCGGCGUUCCUCACGAAGGUCCCCUUGACGAGUCUUGAGCGCCUCGAAAUCUCCGCCGAAGCAGGCUACUUCGACCCUCUUCGACGCAAACCGAUCGGAACCCUUCGCCUCGACAGCUUGACAUCCCUGACUAUCGGCGGCGACGUGCACCAAUCCUUGCUCUUUUCCCUUCACAAGUACUGCACACGCCUCACGCACCUCGACUGCACACGCAACGGCGAGAGCACCGACCCUGUCCGCGCUUACGACCUUUGUUUCACACAAGAGGUGUCAAACUUGACUCGCCUGACCUACUUCCAGCUCGACGGGCCCAUCUGCGGAUGCUGCUACUACGCUCUCGUCCUCGCGCUUCCCCCGACUCUCGAGACUCUGGCCUUCCGCACGGAGGAACACGACAUCCUUGCAGACCUCUUGCAGGCGACAAUCUUCUUCAAGCAAGUCUUUGGCGGCACUUUGGGCCACCCAGUCGUCCCGAACCUCAAGCUGCUCGUCCUCCCGAAGAAGGUGAAGAGACUGCUACCGCUCGACGCGAUCAACGGAGCUGCCAAGCGAGGCAUCGCACUGCGCUUCACACGACCGAAACCAAGCGACUGA